GACUUUCUUUAUUGCUUUCAGACACUGAUAAAACAGAAUGCAGAAAAAGAACUUCACGAAAGUGAAAGAAUUCAUCUUGGGAUUCUCUAGCUUUGGAAAGCAUCAGAUAACCCCCUUUGUGGUUUUUCUAACCAUCUACAUUUUAACUCUGGCUGGUAACAUCAUCAUUGUGACCAUCAUCCACAUUGACCAUCAUCUCUGCACACCCAUGUAUUUCUUCCUGAGCAUGCUGGCUAGUUCAGAGACAGUGUACACACUGGUUAUUGUCCCACGGAUGCUUUCUAGUCUCAUUUUUCACAAUCAGCCCAUCUCUUUGGCAGACUGUGCAACCCAGAUGUUCUUUGUUGUCAUCUUGGCCACCAACAAUUGCUUCCUGCUGACAGCAAUGGGCUAUGACCGCUACAUGGCCAUCUGCAAGCCCCUGAGGUACACGGUCAUCAUGAGCAAAGGAAUGUGUGCGCAGUUGGUGUGUGGGUCCUUUGGCACUGGUCUGGUUAUGGCAGUUCUCCAUGUGACAGCCAUGUUCAAUUUGCCAUUCUGUGGCACAGUGGUGGACCACUUCUUCUGUGACAUUUACCCAGUCAUGAAACUUUCUUGCACUGAUACCACUAUCAAUGAGAUAAUCAAUUAUGGUGUAAGUUCAUUUGUGAUUUUUGUGCCCAUAGGCCUGAUAUUCAUCUUCUAUGUCCUCAUCAUCUCCUCCAUCCUUACAAUUGCCUCAGCUGAGGACUGGAAGAAGACCUUUGCCACCUGUGCCUCCCACCUCACUGUGGUCAUUGUCCACUAUGGCUGUGCCUCCAUUACCUACCUCAAGCCCAAGUCAGAAAGUUCAAUAGAAAAAGACCUUCUUCUCUCUGUGACCUAUACCAUCAUCACUCCCCUUUUGAACCCUGUUGUUUAUAGUCUGAGGAACAAGGAAGUCAAAGAUGGCCUGCACCGAGUUGUGAGCAGAAACAUUUCUUAACAGAUUGAAUCAUUUUGUCAGGAGACCUUUAGCCCAGAGUAAUAUGUGUCUAUUCACAAACAUGCCACAA